GUCGCCGCCUGUUCAUUGCUGGCUUCGCUGCCGCCGCCACAGCUCCUUCUCCUCCUCCUCCUCCUCCUCCUACCAGCUUUUCUUCCCUUUUCCGCCGGCUGCCUUCCUCAGAUUUGUUCUUGUAGUUAAGAAAAAGCACAAUGGAAUUCUACGAGUCUCCCUAUUUUAUCAUCCUAGUACCUUCUGUUGUGAUUGCUGUCAUCUUCCUCUUUUUUUGGCUUUUUAUGAAAGAAACACUAUACGAUGAAGCCCUCGCCAAACAAAAGAGGGACCAAAAGCUUCUGCCUAGUAAGACUGAUAAAAAGAAAGCCGAGAAGAAGAAGAGCAAGAAAAAAGAGGCCCAGAAUGGGAACCUCCAUGAGUCUGAUUCGGAGAGUACCCCUCGGGACUUCCGACUGUCAGAUGCUAUGGGGUCAGAGGAGGAGCACAUUGUUCCUCUUCCAUUGAAUGUGACAGAGGCCCCCAGCAGUCUCCGGGAGCGCAAGAAGAAGGAGAAGAAACACAAGGGCAACUCAGAGGAACUUGUGCCAAAAGAGUUGGAGAGUUCUAAGCCUGCAGGAAAAAAAGUGGAGCCCGUCCCUGUAACAAAACAGCCCACCCCACCUUCGGAUUCAGCUGGGUCCAAAAAAAAGCCUGGACAAAAAAAGCAGAAAAAUGGAAUAGAAAAUGCAGAUGUGAAAUUUAAGGAUUUUAUCUUGGUUAUGAAGAACAUGAUAUUCACAGAAGAGGAGGCCAUGAAUGUGGUGGAGUUAUUGAAGGAGAAAUCUAAUGCCAUGCAGGAGAUUCUGCAGAAGGCAAGUAAAGGAGAUCCAGCUGCAGUGCUCCAUCAGCUGCAAGAAAAAGAUAAAUUGCUUAUGGCAGCAAAAGAAGAAGGUGCUGUUGCAAAGGAACAAUGCAAACAGCUUUCCCAGGAACUGAUGACAGAGAAAGAAAGAAGCAAUUUGGUUAUGGCAAAAAUGAGAGAGCGAGUUAACACUUUGGAAAAAGAGCAUGGGGUUUUCCAAAACAAAAUCCACGGGAGCUACCAAGAAAGCCAGCAGAUGAAAAUGAAGUUUCAACAGAUUCGUGAACAGAUGGAAGCAGAAAUCAGUCGUCUGAAGCAGGAGAAUGGUAUUUUGAGAGAUGCUGUCAGUACUUCCACAAAUCAAAUGGAAAGCAAGCAGUCUUCAGAGCUGAGCAAAUUGCGUCAAGAUUGUGCUAGACUAGUGAACGAGCUGACAGAAAAGAAUAACAAACUGCAGCAAGAGGAGCUUCUAAAGAAAAAUGCAGAACAAGGCAUCAAUCAGUUAAAGGCACAACAACAGGAAGCUGAACGAAGAUGGGAGGAAAUGCAAAGUUAUCUCAGGAAACGGACAGCAGAACAUGAGGCUGCCCAGCAAGAUGUGCAGAAUAAACUUGUGACCAAAGAUAAUGAAAUCCAGAGUCUGCACAGCAAGCUAACUGAUACAAUGGUCUCAAAACAACAGCUGGAACAAAGGAUGAUGCAAUUAAUGGAAGCAGAACAAAAGAGGGUCACAACUGAGGAUUCUAUCCAGAGACAGGUGCAGGAGCUGAUGGAACAGAAUGAGGCUUUGAAAGCUCAGCUUCAGAAAUUCCAUUCACAGAUGGCAGUCCAGAAUUCAGCUUCAGCCCUUGCUGAAGAAUUGCACAAAGUAAUUGCAGAAAAAGACCAGCAAAUAAAUCAGUCUGAGGAGUCCUUAGCCAAUGAACGACUCAAACUAACCAGCAAGGAAGAAGAUCUAAUGGUUGUCCAGAAUAUCAACAUGUCUCUGAAAGCAGAAGUACAAAAGUUGCAGGCGAUCACAAAUGAUCAGGUGGUUACCAUUCGUGAGCUGGAGCGGAUACAGAAAAGUGUGCAUGUCAAAGAUGACAAAAUCAGAACACUGGAAGAUCAGCUUCAAGGACAUUACUCCAAAGCUUCAGAUGCAAAGGAGGAACUUCAGGAUCUAGAGGAUCAAAACAAAACUUUUCGGUUGGAAAUUCAGAAACUGCAGGCUGUCCUCUCUGAGCAGGCUAACAAAGAAUUGCUGGAGCAACUGGAAAGAAGUAUUACAGAUAAGGAUGACAAAAUAAAGACGGUUGAAGAACUCCUUGAAACUGGGCUCAUAGAAAUGGCAAAUAAGGAGGAUGAAUUAAAGGCAUUGAGAACAGAAAACUUAUCCCUGAAAAGUGAAGUUGAAAGUCUUCGGAAAGUACAGAAUGAGCAGGUAUCAUUUGCAUCCGUGGUAGACGACCUGCAGAGGGUAAUUAGUGAAAAAGAUGGAAAGAUCAAAUCUGUGGAGGAACUGCUUCAAGCUGAAGUCCUUAAAGUUGCAACCAAGGAGAAAACUCUUGGGGCUUUGGAACAGGAAAUAGAGGCUGUGAAAGAAGAACUAAGAAAGGCCCAGCUUGAGAAGGAUACUCAGGUGACAUUUGUUCAGGAAGUUGAAGAUCUUCAAAAACAAUUGAAGGAGAAAGAGGAACGGGUGAAGAGUCUAGAAGUAUUGUUGAAAGAAAAGGAGAGUGAGAUUUCGAAGAAUGUAGAAUGCCUUCAGGUUUCUGUUGCUGCUUCUAUUAAAGAUCAUGAGGCAAUAUUGAGAGAGAAACAAGAAGAGGUGCAAGAAAUGGCAACAUUAUUAGAUGAGAGGGGAAAAGAGGUUGCUCACCAAAGAAAAGAGUUGCAGGCUGUACAGGAAGAGAAUAGGUUAUUAAGAGCACAGAUUCAAGAAAUCAAGCAGGAAAACGGCAAACAGGAAUCCUUGGUUAUCAGGAUUGAGCAACUUUCACAGCUCAUUUCUGGGAAAGAACAAGAAAAUACCAGCCUUCAAAACGAGUUGGGCUCCUUGAAACUUGCAGUGGAGCAACAGAGGCAAAAGAACAAUGACCUUCGAAAGAAAAACUGGAAAGCAAUGGAAGCAUUGGCCUCAACUGAAAAAUUGCUGCAGGACAGAGUGAACAAGACUGCCAAGGAGAGUCAACAACAUGCAGAGGCUGUUGAAGCAGAGAUGAGAAACAUAUUGCAGAAGCUAUUUCCUAUAGUCUCUCUGCCUUCCAGUUUGAGUCACAGUGAGUGGAUGCGUGGAUUUGAAAAAGCAGUAAGAGAACAUACAAAAGAGACUACUCGACCAGAUGACAUUAAGGUCAUGGAACAGAAAUUGAAAGAGGCAGAUGAACUACAUGUCAUGUUGCAGCAAGAAUGUGAGAAGUACAAAGUUGUCCUUGCAGAGACGGAGGGAAUCUUGCAAAGGCUACAGCGCAGUGUAGAAGAAGAAGAGAGCAAAUGGAAAAUAAAAAUUGAAGAAUCACAGAAGGAACUACAACAGCUUAAAAAGGAACAAGAACAUUUGGAACAUGAAUUGGAAAAAGCCGAAAUAGAGCGAUCAACAUAUGUUUCAGAAGUCCGAGAGCUUAAAGAUCUGUUGACUGAAUUGCAAAGAAAACUUGAUGACUCAUAUUCUGAAGCAGUAAGGCAGAAUGAAGAGUUAACAUUGCUCAAAACCCAGCUGAAUGAGACAUCAUCUAAACUUUUAACUGAUCUGAAUGAAAGACACCAAUUAGCUGCUGAUUUGCCAAAGGCCCAGGAAUCACUGGUGAUUCUAGAAAGGGAAAUAGGGAAAACUAGUAGGGCCCCCGAAGUGAUACAGAACAGUGAUGUCUGUUCACAGACGGCCGAUCCAGAUAAUGUGAAUCUAAUUCAAGAUAUUGUUCAUCUUAAGCAGCUUCUUGCAUCAGUUGGCCAAAUGCUCACAAAGGGAAAAGAACAGUAUCAGCUAUUAGAAUGAAAUCAUGGGGAGAUCGUUUAAUUUGGGGGUAGCAGAAGGCAAUGUAUUUUGUAUUUUGCCAAAUUAAAGCCUUAUUUAUGUGUUCACCCUUUCUACUUCG